CGGACUCUGGUCCACGCCAGGCUGUGCGGAGGGCCGCUUCUCAGCCCAGAGCGCUGGACGGGAUGGACGGGCGCCUCGGCCCCCGGGAGUCGGCGCGGCUCGUGGCCGAGCGGAGCCGCGACGUGCGGGUGGACGCCGAGGGCGUGCGGGGGGUGGCGGAGCGGCUGCGUGCCGCGGCGGCAGAGCCCGCGCUGAGCCUGGGCGGCUGGAAGGCGCUGCACGAGCUGAACCCGCGGGCGGCCGACGAGGAGGCGGCCAACUGGGUGUUCCUGGUGGACACGCUCAACUUCUCCUUCUGGACCGAGCCGGACGCGCGCAAGUGCCUUGUGCGCUACAAGGGAAGAGAGUACAGCGGGUACUGGGCCCUCUGCGCCGCGGUCAACAGGGCCCUGGACGAAGGAAUACCAAUAACCAGUGCUUCGUACUAUGCCACUGUGACUCUGGAUCAGGUCCGCCACGUGCUGCGCUCCGACACAGAAGUACCUAUGCCUCUGAUAGAAGAGAGGCAUCGGAUUCUCAAUGAAACUGGGAAAAUUCUGCUGGAGAAGUUUGAAGGCUCUUUUCUUAAUUGUGUUCGAAAAAGUGGAAAAAGUGCACAGAAAUUAAUGUACUUGGUAGUCGAAAACUUUCCUUCUUACAGAGAUGUGGCUGAGUUUGAGGGGGAAAGAAUUUCUUUUUACAAACGGGCCCAGAUCCUUGUAGCAGAUACGUGGAGUGUGUUCGAGGGGAAAGGAGAUGGAAGCUUUGAGGAUAUCUCUACUAUCACCAUGUUCGCAGACUAUAGGUUGCCUCAGGUUCUUGCUCACCUGGGUGCCCUGAAAUACUCUGAUGAACUGAUGGAGAAGCUUCUUAAAGGGGAAGAGCUCGCCAAUGGAAGCAGGCAAGAGGUGGAAAUCAGAGGGUGCUCAGUUUGGUGUGUUGAGCUGAUCCGUGAUUGUCUUCUCGAACUUCUUGACAAAACAGGCGAAAAAGCUAGCAGAGAAAUCAAUUCCAUUCUCUUGGAUUAUUACUUAUGGGAUUAUGCUCGUGAUCAUAGGGAAGACAUGAAAGCAAUUCCAUUUCAUCGCACACGGUGCAUCUAUUAUUGAACCAGAAUGUAAACCAAUCCAGCAAAGACUCUCUGCAUCUUAUGGCUCAUAUUCAUUUGUACAAUUUGCUUUGAUAUUCAGAGAAGGUACUAGAGAUAACAAGAACAAGCUUUUUUCCCUGAUGUCAUGUAUAGGGUUCAAGUGGUAGAGCCUAGUACUUGCAAGGCCAAGUUUGAUUCUCUGACUACAUAACUCCCCAGUGAGUAUCAGGCCAUUAGUUCUGUUCUGCUGGGCCAAGCAUAGCCAGGAGUAGCCCCUAUUUAAACCUUUUUUCUGACAUAUCACUCUGUAUUUCCUCCCAAUUUUAUACCUUUUUUAGUUGUAACUAUAAUUUUCCCUUCUGUGGACACAAAGUCGAUAUAAACAAUGAAGGACCUUAACAUUUUUGGUUUUUUGGACCACACUGAACUGUGCUUGGGGAUCAUGGCUGGUGGUGCUUGGAGGACCAUACACAAUACUAGAGACCAGCCUCCUGCAAAGCAGGCACUUACCACUGAGCUAUCUCUCUGGCCCAGGAAUUUUAGUGCUUUAUUUAAAUAACAGGGUUGUUCAUUUUUUUACUUUAAUCA